AGUGGCUCGAUACUCAAUCGAUGCACCGAGGCCCUCUUGCGUUGUGGGGCGAUUUCCUCUUCAUUUCGCCUCGCAAGCUUCUCAUUUCCAAACUUCACUAGAGUGCUGCCAGACUCGCAUACAUAGAGAGAUAGUGAUAGAGAUAGAGAUCGAUCGAGAUUGUAUAGCUUCCAGAUCUCAGAGAUUCCCCUUCUCCGGUCAUGGCUCAGCCUCUGGUGAAGAAAGACGAUGACCGAGACGAUGAAGCCGAUUAUUCUCCCUUUUUGGGAAUUGAAAAGGGGUCUGUUCUCCAAGAAGCCAGGGUUUUUAAUGAUCCACAACUAGAUGCUAGGAGAUGUUCACAGGUUAUCACGAAGCUUUUGUACCUACUAAAUCAGGGAGAGACAUUUACAAAGGUCGAAGCCACAGAAGUUUUUUUUGCUGUGACUAAGCUUUUCCAGUCUAAAGAUCUUGGUUUAAGGAGAAUGGUCUAUCUGAUGAUAAAGGAAAUCUCUCCCUCUGCAGAUGAGGUUAUUAUCGUCACAAGUUCUCUCAUGAAGGACAUGAAUAGCAAGACUGAUAUGUAUAGGGCAAAUGCCAUUCGUGUGCUUUGUCGUAUUAUUGAUGGAACACUUCUCACCCAGAUUGAGCGGUAUUUGAAACAAGCAAUUGUAGAUAAGAAUCCAGUUGUUGCAAGCGCAGCCCUAGUUAGUGGCAUUCACCUACUCCAGACAAAUCCUGAAAUUGUAAAAAGGUGGAGCAAUGAGGUUCAGGAAGCAGUUCAAUCAAGAGCAGCUCUUGUACAGUUUCACGCAUUGGCUUUGCUACAACAAAUACGGCAGAAUGAUCGGUUAGCUAUUAGCAAGUUGGUUACUAGCUUGACAAGGGGAACUGUCCGUUCACCUUUGGCCCAAUGCCUUUUGAUCCGUUAUACAAGUCAGGUUAUUCGUGAGUCAGGCAAUAAUACACAGGCUGGGGAUCGCCCCUUCUAUGAUUAUCUUGAGAGUUGCCUUCGCAACAAGUCAGAGAUGGUAAUUUUUGAAGCUGCCAGAGCAAUUACAGAGCUUAAUGGUGUUACAAGCAGAGAAUUAACUCCAGCAAUUACUGUUCUCCAACUCUUCCUAAGUUCAUCUAAGCCUGUCUUAAGAUUUGCUGCUGUCCGAACCUUGAACAAGGUGGCUAUGACUCAUGCAGCGGCAGUCACUAACUGCAAUAUUGACAUGGAAAGUUUAAUUUCUGACCAGAACAGAAGUGUUGCCACGCUUGCAAUAACUACACUUCUGAAGACAGGAAAUGAGUCUAGUGUGGAUCGUCUUAUGAAGCAAAUUACAAGUUUCAUGUCAGAUAUUGCUGAUGAGUUCAAAAUUGUUGUGGUUGAAGCAAUAAGAUCACUGUGUUUAAAGUUUCCCUUGAAAUAUCGGUCUUUGAUGAACUUCCUGAGCAACAUUCUCAGGGAAGAAGGGGGUUUCGAGUACAAGAAGGCCAUUGUUGAUUCAAUUGUAAUUCUCAUUAGAGAUAUCCCGGAAGCCAAAGAGAGUGGGUUGCUUCAUCUUUGUGAGUUCAUUGAAGAUUGUGAGUUCACCUAUUUGUCCGCCCAGAUACUGCACUUCCUGGGAAUUGAAGGGCCCAAAACAUCUGACCCGAGUAAAUUUAUACGAUACAUAUAUAAUAGAGUGCAUCUUGAGAAUGCAACCGUUAGGGCCAGUGCUGUGAGCACUUUGGCAAGGUUUGCUGCUUCAGUUGAUGCAUUAAAGCCUCGCAUAUUUAUUUUGCUAAGGCGAUGCCUUUUUGACAGUGAUGAUGAGGUUCGUGAUAGGGCAACACUCUAUCUGAAAACACUUGGAGGUGAUGGUUUGGUUGUUGAGACUGACAAAGCUGCUAGGGACUUCCUUUUUGGGUUAUUUGACGUCCCACUUGUCAAUCUGGAGACUAGUUUGAAAAACUAUGAGCCUUCAGAAGAGCCUUUUGACAUUAACUCUGUGCCCAAGGAAGUUAAAUCUCAUUCAUAUGUAGAGAAGAAAGCUCCAGGUAAAAAGCAAAUGGGUUUGGGUGCUCCUCCAAGUGGCCCUCCAUCAACCGCAGAUGCAUAUGAAAGGCUGCUUUCCUCGGUUCCUGAGUUUGCAAACUUUGGGAAGCUUUUCAAAUCCUCAGCACCUGUGGAGCUUACUGAAGCAGAGACUGAAUAUGCAGUGAAUGUUGUUAAACACAUUUUUGACAGGCAUGUUGUGUUCCAGUACAACUGCACAAACACGAUACCAGAGCAAUUACUGGAAGAUGUUACUGUUAUUGUUGAUGCUUCAGAAGCAGAGGAGUUUUCUGAAGUGCUCUCCAAGCCUCUCAGAUCACUUCCUUAUGAUUCACCAGGACAGACUUUUGUGGCAUUUGAGAAGCCUGAUGGGUUGCCGACAGUUGGAAAAUUUUCCAAUGUUCUGAAAUUUUUCGUUAAAGAGGUUGACCCAACCACCGGCGAGGCAGAAGAUGAUGGUGUUGAAGAUGAAUACCAACUGGAGGAUCUGGAGGUUGUCGCAGCAGAUUACAUGUUGAAAGUGGGGGUGUCUAAUUUCAGAAAUGCAUGGGAAAGCAUGGGCCCUAAUUGUGAACGAGUGGAUGAAUAUGGUCUUGGCCCAAGAGAGAGCUUGGCCGAGGCUGUAAAUACUGUCAUCAAUCUCCUUGGCAUGCAGCCCUGUGAGGGCACAGAGGCUGUAGCACCCAAUGCAAGGUCACACACAUGCGUCUUGUCAGGUGUAUACAUGGGAAAUGUGAGGGUGCUUGUGAAGGUGUCUUUCGGACUCGAUGGACCAAAGGAUGUAGCGAUGAAACUGGCUGUUAGAUCCGAGGAUGAAACAGUCAGUGAUGCCAUUCACGAAAUUGUGGCAAGCGGCUAGUAAAUUCCUCAACGUCAAACAACGUUGACUUCGGCUUUACUUUUGUUGGAGACUAAAGAUUCUUUGUUACUGUUUGAUAUUGGAAUUAAGAGUUAGAGUAGAGAUUCUUUGUUACUGUUUGACAUUGGAAUUAAGAGCUAAGACAGCCCUAGAUGGGCUUAACUGUAAAGACUUAAAAGAGUUGGAAUAUAGUACACUCGGCCUGCUCUUCUUGUC